AAUUCAUAAACGUUUAGUUAGGGUUACCUAAACUCAUCAUUUUAAAUGUUUACUUAAUUAUCUAUGAAAGUAUUAGUCUCAUCAUAUCUUAGAAUAUCUCCACUGCUACCUCUAUUUAAGCUUCUCUCUCUAUAUCUUAUAUCAAUAGUUUAAUAUAGCAUUUUCCUGAUCAAGUUAAACAAUCGAAUAAUGAGUCGAGGUGGGAGCUCUGGAGGCGGACAAAGCUCGCUAGGCUAUCUUUUUGGAUCAGAUAAUGAGACUCCCAAGAAUCUCCCAUCGGCUGCCCCAAAGCCAACACCACCAUACGGCAUAGAUUCCACCGACGACGACAAAUCUGACCAAAAGCCUAAGAUCUCUAACAACAACUACCAAAGAGCUCAGGGCCAAAACUCUGGUAACUUUGUCACAGAUCGUCCAACGACGAAGGUUAAAUCGGUUCCUGGUGGAGGUUCGUCUCUUGGAUACUUGUUCGGAGAUAAGUAAAGGAACGAAAAUGAAGUCAUAUAACUAGGGUUUGUAUUGUGAUCUAGUGAAUAUUUUAUGUGCACUGAUCCCUAUCUACUCUAUACUUCUUAUUUAUAUGUAUGUACGCAAACGUGUGUUUUGAGUUUGCAGUUGGCUUGUUCAACUUGGCGAAUAAAUGGUUUCUAGUCAUUGACAUAUAUGCAUAUAUGUUGCCUAUUGCUUCCUCUUUA